UCAUGUCGGAGGAGCGCACGCCUCCGCCCGCCGGAACGAACGGCCUACUCCGCGGGAGCCACACCAGGUCUUACGGGAGUUUGGUCCGGUCUCCGGUCCGACAGAGACGCGUUGAGCACCACCUUCAGUCCGAGGACACGCUCCAAGGCCUGUCCCUGAAAUACGGCGUUUCUAUGGAGCAAAUCAAAAGGGUCAACAGGCUGUACACCAACGAGUCGAUAUUCCUGAAGAAGUCCCUGUGGAUCCCCGUGCCGUCGGACACGGACCGCCAGGGCGACUGGGGGGAUUUAGUCGGGGAGGGCAACGAGCUCGCGGGGAGCUCCUCUGAGACGCCGGCGGCAAAAGAACGGCCGUCUGACCUCACGCCGGUGGACUUUUUGAAAAGGCUGGACGGCUUGAUAAGUUGGUCCAAGCAGGCCGCCGCCGUGGGAUGCCAGGACGCAGAGAAGAGGGUCGCCGCCAUAGAAGCGGCUUGCUCCAGCGGGACGUCUGACCGGCGGCCGCUUACGAGGUCGCAGAGCGUCGUUUCAUCUCCCAGAAUGCAACAGCAGCAGCAGCACAUAACCGAGGUGCCGCUGGCCGUCACCAAGCUCACCAAGAAGCUGAGAGACCGGGAGGAUGAGAUCUUCCAGCUGUGACGCGCUCGUUUCCCUGGGAUCCUGCUGCCGUAUGGACUUGAAGCUCAAACGUUUAUUUUAAUUUGAUGGGAAAUUACACUUAAAAAAACAUUUAUUUUUGCCUUUUUAUUUAUUUGUUGAUGCGUACUGUAGCUCUACCGUUUGAGUAGCUUUUUUUUUUUAGUAGAGCAGCUUUUGAGAAAUCUUUAUUGUUGAUGUGCAGACUUUUUGGGGGAAUUUUAGAAUAGAAAUGUUUUAAUCCUAUGGUCCGUAUGUAAAUAUGUGUGCAGUUGACUCAAAAAGCACAACCUACUGUAACUUUAUAGUUGUAACUAAUUAAUGUAUAAACAGAGAAGAACAUA